UCCGAGAGGGGCGGAGCGGGGCCGCGGGCCGCCAUGGCGCAGCAGCGGGUGCUGCCGCAGAGCAAGGAGACCCUGCUGCAGUCCUACAACAAGCGCCUCAAGGACGACGUCAAGUCCAUCAUGGAUAACUUCACCGAAAUCAUCAAGACGGCUAAGAUUGAGGAUGAAACUCAAGUCUCUCGAGCAACCCAGGGUGAACAAGAUAACUAUGAGAUGCAUGUCAGAGCUGCAAACAUUGUCCGAGCUGGUGAGUCCCUGAUGAAACUUGUGUCUGACCUGAAGCAGUUCUUGAUCCUCAAUGAUUUCCCCUCUGUGAAUGAAGCUAUCAACCAGCGCAACCAGCAGCUGAGAAGCUUGCAGGAGGAAUGUGACAAGAAGUUGAUUGCACUACGAGAUGAGAUCUCCAUUGACCUGUACGAGCUAGAAGAAGAAUAUUACUCUUCCAGGUACAAAUAGGGCAGUGGACUUCUGCCUUAUGAUACCAGCCCUUUUGGGGUAGUUAGUCCAGACAAACAAGUAGUCCUUAGAGUACAGGUCUUGAGAAUGUUCCCAACAACAUUUCACUCCUGUUUUUAAUUAGGUUAAACUCUUUUUCUGCAACUAAAGCAACUGCCUUUUCCUUGUAGAUAUCCUACAGGGUAUAAAUGUCAUGGUGAAGGAGGUAUUCACAGCGUCCCACUCUAGGUGCCUGCUUUAGUUGGCUAGAUUUGACAGAUAAUUUGCUUAGGCUUCUUCUGUAAUCCUUGUAAAAGGAGGUGAAUUUCCUUGGGGUAUAGGCUUCUGUCUGAGUAUUCUUCUGGAGAAGCCUCUGUCUCCUUGGAGAGACUAGCUUGCUGAGCUGGGUCCUCAUGUUAGAUGAGAGAACCAUGUCUUCGUCUUCCUGGUGAGUUCUUUCCCAAGUGACCUGGUUACACAGCGUGCCUUUUCCCUUGUAGUCCACUGCGCCCAGCUGCCUGGAGUGCUGUUGGGGUGAGCAUUUGAAAUGAGCAAAAAAGUCUUGCUCAGUUUCAUUGAAUUAUGAAGUAUUGUGAUAGGAUUUUUAAUGAGGAAGAUUAUUACUGAUCUGUUUGUGGGAUUUUUAAUGUUUUUAAAAGACUAUAAGAAAACAGGCUUUAGAGAAUUCAGACACUUUAUUUUUUUAUUUUCUGUCAUGCACUCCAGCACUUCUAGUUGAUGAUGCAGUAAAUGAAAGCAGGAGAAAACAAAUGAGAACCUGAUUGACUGCACUGUCCAAGCUAAGUGAAGUCAGUGCAAUAAUGCUAUGACUUCUAAACAAAAACUUAACUUUUGAAAACCUUCUUUAGAAUUUUAAUGACCAGGCUUUCUAUUUUUGCCUUUCCCUCCUUUCUAAAAAUGCUGAAUGCCUAUAACCCCAGCUAAGUCAACUAAAACCCUAAUUACUCAAUAUCUUUGUAAGUUAGGACAUUAUUUAUGGGUUAAUAUAUGUAUUUUAAGAGUGAAAAGAUACUGAUAUGACAUAGCUUAGGAAUGGCUAUGACAUCAGAAGAAAACUUGAGGUAAAAGUCCAGAGUUGUUUUUCAAACUUGACUCAUUUUUCUGGGGGGGUGGCAAGGGAUCCUAGAAAUAUCUCAGAAAUGAAGAGUGAUGGUCGCAAACCCAAGCACCAGUCCAGGCCCUGAUAGGUCAGGGGUGCAUCCACUACAUAGGCUGCAUACAGCACAGCAGCGAGCUGUAUCCAAAGCGAUGCAGUGUGGGAUGAUAGUGCCUCACGUGUGCCAGACAUGCUUCCCUCACACUGUCACCAGACUGCCACUACUGUGUGUUGGUAGCUUUAAGUUCUGGGCUAAGGGGUUCUGACCAUGCUGACAUGGUCUGUUCACCUGCCUGGCACCAGACACCAUGUAGAGCAACCCUUUGCAACAAAACUAACAUCUAAGCACAAACGUUGGCAUAUACCAAAUGGAUUUGCCUUUGUGCUCUUUCUUAGAAGAGUGGUCAUGAGGUGAGGAAACUUUGCAACUCUACAGAGCUAUGAUCCCUCCACUGAAACCUGUUAUCAUGUAGCACUUAGUCGUUUGCUUUUAGCACUUACUCCCUUCCUGUGCUCUUUCUUGUCUUUUUCUGCACCAAAGAAAUUGUGUGUGUGUAAAUAUAGAAACAGUGAUUUAUUCAAAGUCCUUUUAUAACUAGAGUACUAAGAUAUUUUUAAUGAAACCUUAUUGUCUAAUGUGGGGAAAAAGGGGUUCUGUUAUGUCACAUAGUCGUAGAGUGAUAAUCUUGUUUAAAUGGCUCUAAAUGCAAUAGCUGGUUUGCCCACAAAUGGGCAUUCUCUGCUGUCCCGGGAGCCCAGCGGGGUUGCCCCUCCGUACCAUCUGUUACUUUCUCAUGGGGCUUGAUCCCACAGGAUUUAUAAAGAGGCAUGCAGUCCCGUGAGGCCAGGACAUGGGUUCCAUACAGCCAUGCUGCCAUACUGCUCUCCUGCGCUCCAGUUUCCCUGAAGGUCACUGGUUAGUUUAGUUUAGGUCUUCCCUCCAGGGAAGGCUGUAGAAAAG